AUGGAACGUGUACAUUUGCACCCACCGGCACCGCCACUGCCCCCAUUGCUGCACCCAAUGCGACGGGCCGUACCGGAUUAUCAGGGGCUAGAUUUCCCAGUCGAAUCGGAUUGCUCGCCGGUUAGCAGUGACGCCGAAAGUGAGUAUGACAAUUGCACCGACGACGAAGGUGAGGGUUAUGAUUCAGAACUAGAAUCCGAAAAUUCUAUUAGCGAGAGGGUAGACUUCCCAGACGUACUGGAUGCCCCGCUGGUGAACGAAGAAAUCGAAAGCAUCGAGGACAAAAUUGAGGAAUGUGUAUCUAAUGAAGAUGACAAUAGCACCGACGACGAAGGUGAAAGUUCUGAGGGUGAGCGGGUUAUAUCCAGAGGAUCUGACUAUGAUUCAGAAGUGGAAUGCAAUGAGCCUUUUUGGGUGACCUACUUCCAACAGGUUGAUGAGAGCGAGCGUAUUGAUGUUAAAAAACAAUACAAAAAAUAUCCUGGGCGACGCCUGCUGCCCUCCUAUCCCCUACGCCACUACUUACGUGAUCGUAAAAAAAGAAGGAUGUUGAGGGGUUAUGCUGAAGGAGCACUUAAGAAAUAUAAUGAUGAUAAGGGCACAGACUAUGUGUUUGAGACAGUUCGGAAGGUGAAGGGAUAUGGCUGUCGUGACCACAUGUACUUUCUUAUCUUUUUAGCCAAGAUGGGUAAUGGAUAUAGGCAGUUUUUUCAAGCUAUGGUGGUCAAAGAUCAAAAGGAUAAUGUGGACUUCCCGGUCGUCAUGUCAAGGGUAGAUGAUUAACUUCUAGACAUUUUAAGAUGCUGCUUCUGAUGUUAUAACAUGUUUAAAUUUCUGACAGCAGUCUUCAAGUAUCAUUACUGCUUAUUUGUUAUAGUAGAACCAAUAGUUUUAUGUCUAAUUCACAUCUAUAAGAUUAAGACCGUUAUAAAUAUAUUAGCAUACUUUAGGAAUCAAUUAACAAGUAG